AAAUGAUAUAAUAAAUACCUGAUUAAGAAGACAUCAAUACAUCUAUUGAUUAGCUCAAAUAAACAUAAUAAAGUUUGCAGAGUCUAAUUUAAAAUGUGGCAACAUAAAAUUUUAUGAUAAUGAAUACGAUUAUGCAUCAAUAGCAAGUAAGAAUUUUAUAUAAUCUUAGCAAAUGGCAGAAACAAGUACUUCUAAUUUUGUAAGGUUUGCUCAUUUAAGUGACUUGAUCUAGUAGGUGAUUUCACAUUUCUAAAUUGAUGCUAGCAAUGAGAUUGAAGGCAAUCUAGCUCAUUAAAGAAAAGAAGCUCAAAAAGGCUUAGAAUACAUUAUAGAAGAUACGGAAAAAUGAUUCUAAUAUAUCAAUUAAUU